CUUGCUUACUCGAUUUAGCGAAAUGAGACCUCCGCCGUCGGCGCUUCCUGUGCCUGCGUGGAACGUUGCGCUGCUGGACUACGACGAGUGCAACAAGGACACUCCUGCGUAUCGCACUGCCCUCCGCGGCUGCGAAAUCCGCAUCGACACUGCGCGUCGCCACCUGGAGCGCGUCAAGCAGGCAACAGCCGAUUGUUGCGAACAAGUUGCUGCGUACAAUGAAGCUCAGCACAAACUCGCCAAGCUCGCAGCAGACGCACCAGUCUUUUCCAAGAACUCUGAUGCUCCCUCAGAGGUGGCCUCCACCAUUUCUGCAGUCAGCGAGAUGUUCACUCGCCUCCAUGCACUUCGCUUCACCCUGAUGGAAGAGAUGCGAGGCCUGAUUCACGCACCUGCAGAAGACUUUGUCACCAACGAAGCGCGCAUUGCGCGCGAGCACAAGGACCAGCUGAAAGUCACCGCAGGCGAGCUGGACGUCGCCAUCGAUCGCCACGGCGGCUUUUCCAAGUCCCAGAUGGACAAGAAGGUCGAGUCCUUCCAGGAAGUGUCCAACCGCAUGUGGCAGCUGCGCGAAAUGUCCACUGUCGAGUCGCUCGAGUACACGGAAGACGUCAAUCGCAUGGGUCGGCACCAGCAGACCCUGUCGUACGACGCGCUCGUCAACUACCUCAACUGUCAGCUGCGCUACUUUAAAGGCGGCCUUGCGCUCAUCGAAGGCAUUCAGAACGAGCUCACCCAGCUGGAGACAGUCUCGGCACAGUUGCGCCAGAAGGAGGCCGCUGAGCUCAGCGCCGCAGACCGCCAGCUUCAACGCAUCCGUACCCAAGAGCUCUCGCGCAUCAAGCGUCAGCGCACGCGUCCCGAAGGCGUCCCCAUCAAGUUUGAAACGACCGAUGCUCUCAUCUGGGGCGAGCUGUUCAAGCGCGAGGUCCUCAAGGACGGCAAGGAAGUCUGGCUCCGCCGCUACUUUUCCAUCGACAAUGGGCUGUUGGUCUAUCGCACACGACCGCGCGUGUCGGGCCAGGGCAAGGAGGGCAAGGCGGAAUUUGCACGCCAACGCACAUCGUCCAUGCUCCGACAGACAGCCGCUGCCACCGCGGCCGCGCGCGUGACUGGCGGUCUGACCGGGGUUUCGUCCUCCCGCGUUUCGGGUGCCUUCUCCGAUGGCGAAGAAUCUGGCCAGGGCUCGCCGCCUGGAACCCCAGGUUUGCGGGCCGGACCAGCGGAUUUCACCCCCGACAGUGCCGCCUGCUCGCCCAACAUUAUCAUCCCGGGUGCGUCCGAAGCGUCGCCCAUUGGCGAGGAGGAUUCGUUCUCCUCCUCACCACCUGUCUCGUCGCUCUAUUUGCAAGCCGUGCCAAAUCGCCGCAUGGCCAACAGUCGCAGCGAGGGCAACGUCAUUGCGACCUCCCCGCCGUCUUCUGGCGCAAUCACGCCCCGGAAAUCGCUCUCGCGGCACGAGUCCAUGCACCGACACGAUUCCGUAGACCCUCCCGCCCCGUCCCUUGACCUCUACGAGGGCGCCAUCAAUCCCCCGGCGGCCAUUAUUCUGCCCGGUGCCGCCAAUCCAGGCACAUCGAGUCCCGCCAUUGUGCCACUGACCGCAGAUCCUCUGCUGCCGUUGGAGAUUGACAGCCCCGUGCUCAUUAGCAACAUGUCUCUCUGCUCUGUUCGCCCUGCGGCACACAAGGAUCGCAUGCAUGUCUUUGAGGUGAUUACGCCCAGCGAGAAGACUUUUCUGCAAGCCGACUCGGACGACGAGGUCGCCGAGUGGAUUGCAGUGCUUCAAAAUGCAAUCGCGGCCAGCCUCGAGGUCGAAACCAUCCCCAGCGCGCAACGCGACGCGGGCGCAGCAAAGGCCCUGAUGCAGCAAAUCCGUGGUGUCCCCGGCAAUGGCCACUGCGCCGACUGCGGCCGCGCCGAUCCUGAUUGGGCCAGCAUCAAUCUCGGCAUCCUGAUUUGCAUCGAGUGCUCGGGUGUGCAUCGUCGGAUGGGCGUGCACAUUACCAAAGUGCGCUCGCUCACGCUCGACAAGUGGGGCUCUGGCCUCCUUCGGAUGAUGGCUUCGGUGGGCAAUCAGCUCGCCAAUUCGGUCUUUGAGGCUCGUCUCGCUGGCCAAGGUGUCACUCGGCCCGCCACGGAUGCGCCUUCUGCUGUUCGUGAAGAGUUUAUUCGAUCCAAGUACGAGCACAAGCGGUUUUGCCACAAGAAUGUCCUGGCUCUGCGUGCCGCCAACCCUGCCACAGAUCUAGAGACGGCAUCGACUCCACAGCAGAUUGACGAAGCUCUGCACGAUGCUGCUGCUGUGGGCGACCUACGAUGGGCCCUGCACGCGAUUGCCCUUGGAGGCAGUCCGCAAUAUGCCCGCGAUCUCAAAGGCAGCGCCACUUGUCUGCAUGCUGCUGCCAUUGGAAACUUCACGGCGCUUGCUCAUUUGCUCGUGCAAAACGGUGCUGAUGUUCGCCUGCCCGAUUCGACGGGUGCGACUUCGGCGUCCAUUAUGAAAUCGCUGGAAGAAUAUGCCCCUGAGCUGCUCAAAGGAACAAAUGACAAGCAGGCGCCAACAGGCAAACCAACGCCGGGCAUUACCUUUGCUGGCUAUCUGAAAAAGCAGGGCGAAAACAAGAAAGGCUGGCAAAAACGCUACCUCGUGUUGCGAGACUCCAUCCUUUACUUUUUCAAGAGCUCCAAGGACAUCAAGGACUCGUCACGGCCAGAUUGGCAUGCGAAAGCGAGCAGAAAAGUCAUUGUGCCGAGCUACGAUGUGUCCGCCAACGAUGGAGCCAACACGCAGUUCUCGUUCAAGCUCACGCACGCAGGCAUGCGCACCUACUGCUUUGCGGCUUCGAGUUCGCAAGAGCUGGAUGCAUGGCUGAAGGCCCUAAAGCUGGCCGCCACCGCGGACAGUCUGGCCACAGUGUCUGCGGCGGCUUCCGCUUCGACUGCUGUCGAUGCAGACAGUGAUGAUGACGAAUAGCAAGUCUCUGUUGUGAAGUGUGUGUGAGUGUUGUGCUUCUUCUUCUUCUUCUGGUUGUUGCAAUUGUUGCCUAGUCGACUUGACUACCGCAUGUACUUGUCCUAGUUGUGUUAUGUGAAAGGAUGUACCGUGUUUCGCGAAUCCCGCUCGUAAACAAUGAAAUGGUUGUAUGUAU